AAAAUAUUAUUUUUUAAUUUUUUAUAUAAUUGUGUGCGUCCAUUUUAUGAUUGGUGGUUCCACGUUUUUUCUGAGGUGAAUCAAUUUAGAGUUUUGGGAUAAUAAAUAGGUACUGCUGCUCUGGUUUUCGGAAUCAAUUGUUAGUGUGGGAUUAUUGGACCAUUUGCUCUAAAUCAGUGGUUCCCAGACUGGGGGCGCGCCCCCCUGGGGGGGCGUGAAGCAACAUCAAGGGGGCAAUAGUUUUAUAUCCAAUGGAAGAGUGCUUGAUAUCGAAUUCACUUAAAAGCUACAAUAAUGAGUCCAGAGAAUUAAAUAUAGUGAAUUCAGAGCUAAUAGGGGAAGCAAGAAAAAAAAAGAAAAAAGAAAACUACCUUCUACCCCUAGUACUUGGUGCGGUACUAGUGAAAAUGAUUUUAUUUCCGCUAGCAGUAAAAGCUAUGGCAGUGAUGUCUAGUGUGUCACUACUCCUUAGUACCUUUAGCUUGAUUAUGUCGUCCAUUGUUGGAUAUGCAAAAUUGGCAAUGCAUAAUGCACCAGAACCUCUGGUUAAACUAGUGCAUGUAAAUGACGUGUGGGCUAAAGGAGACGAACUCCCACAGGGUUAUAUUUCUGAUAGUAGCCAAGAUGACUAUAGUCCAAAUAUUCCUCUAGAACAGAUUCACUUCACAUAAUUAAAUUACUUGGGAACCAAUACGUAUGUAGUUGUGAAGAUUUUAUAAAUUUAAAUAAAUUUCUG